AUGAUACCCUUCGUCAAAUCUUCCACCCAUGCCCUCAAUAUGCACCUUGGCUCUGCAAGAAGCUGUGCUUGGUACUGCAAGGGUAAAUUGAGAGAGAUCCUAACACAGCAGGAUGGCAACUUGGAGAGGCAAGGAUUGCUGGUGGAAGAAAAUUUAGAUAACCCCUAUGGCCCUCCACAUCCAUUCCAAGAGGAAUCCAUUGAAGAUGCCGUGGAAGAUAUUGAAGAAGAUCUAUUUGCAUUCAUCCCACUCAGGCAACCUGAACAGGAGGAUCUGGAGCCAGGGGAGGCAGUGGGUCCUUCUAAUCAUCCAAAUGCCAUUUCCCUGAAUGAUAAUGAUGAUGAGCAUGUAGAAAUUCCCACCCUACAGCAGGUCAGAUAA